AAUAAAUCAUUUGAUAUUUAUAAUUUUUCGUUAAACUUUAUAAUAUUAAUGUUCAAAUUUCCAGACCAAAAGAAAAUACAAAAAUUAGAAUUUGAAACAGGAGAUCUAUAUGAUAUGAACAAACUUCUGCAGAGCGCUCUGGACUAUGAAAUGGCUGAACUGUGUAACGUGUUUGUGAGUGCUUGCGAUGAAUCAAAAGGUAAAAAUGAAGAGACAAUGCAUGAAAAACUUACUAAGAGGGUUGUUAAGGAUUUCAAAAAGGUUGUAAAGGUCCAUGCAACAAGGCGCGUGUUGAAUAUAACAAGUAAUCUGAUAUUGCGUUUAUUCGUUACACCGAAAUCAACUAAACGUGCCGUCUUGGAAGAUUUCCUCAAAAGUCAUGGAGCCGUCACCUUGAAGAAAUCGGAAAAAAAUAAAAUGUACUUGGCCACUUGCGGCAGUUAUGAAAGCUAUGAUAAGUUAGUGGCGUUAGGGUCGACUAAGAUAGGUAAUGCUGUCCUGACUCUUAAGCCUCUGCAUCUUGUUGGACCUCCUAUUAAGAAGAAUAUCAGAUCUCAACAGUUUGCCGUCUCAAAUGUUAUUGGUAAUAAUGAAUCAAAAUCAUCAAUACCAGAAGUUACUGCCAGUGAUGACGAUCUGGCUGAUAGUUGUAAUGAAUCCAUCAUAAAUAAAGAUAAACAUAACGUAAGUCUAGGUGAUCAAGAUGUAGUAAUAGUUGAGGCUAAAAACGACGUUGUAGUUAUUGAGGACAAUGAUCGUAAUCACAAAAGUAAUGACAAAUCCGCUGUCCACGCUGAGAUUGCAGAUCUUAAACCGAAUUCUAAUAGUGAUAAUGAUCCAAAUAAUAAAGAUGUAAUUAUUGACGAUGAAACUAAACAUAAGACUAUACAUUCUGAAAGUGCAGACGUUGAAUCGAAAACUAACGAUAACGCUCCGAAUAAUGAGACUCCUUUAGAUAACGAAUGUCAAUCAACAUGUAAUGUUGAAGGUAAUGAAAAGCAAGAUAUAAUUGUAACUCCAUCGGAUGAAAAUAAACUCGCUGAAGAUAUUUUGGAAUCUGUCGAUGUAGCAGAAGAUGACUUGGAAGACUUUUAACAUUUCCAAAUUUGAAAAAUGACCGUCUUAUAAACGUUGCUUAGCGGCUGUUCAGUUAAGCACUGAUCUCUCUAUCCGUCAUUUGGUCUAACUAAUCAUCCGCUAUACAAGUUUAAUAAGUAAUGCCGUAAAUCUUUACGGCCUUAUUUGAAUAUUUGUUUAAAGGAUUCACAAAGCAUUAUCUGAUAUUGUUUUAAAUUAUACAGCUUGUAACUUUUUAUUUUAAAAUGUAAGUUAUAGUUAAGGGGAGUAAAAUAAAAUAAAAUGUUAUGAUUAAUCU